AUGGAGAGUGGUGACCAGGGACAGGGUGUCCCCACUUCGGUCUCCAUUCAGUCUCCGGUUGAAGUCAAGGACCGGCUCCAGAUCCGCAGCCUCCUGGCCCGGCAGUGCCUGGCGGAGUUUCUGGCUGUGUCUGUGCUCAUGCUCCUCAUACAGGGGUCUUCGGCCCAGGCUGUCACCCGUGGAGGAACCAAGGGAAACUUCUUUACUGUGUUUCUGGCUGGCUCUCCGGGCGUUAUGCUAGCCACCUAUGUGAGUGGUAAUGUCUCAGAUCCAGCCUUCUCCCUGCCCAUGCGCCUCCGGGGACACCUCCCCUGGGCCAGGUUUCUCAUUUACUCCUUGGUGCAGUUGCUGUCUGUGUUCUGUGCCUCUGGAGUCCCCUACGCUCUCUAUGACGAUGCCCUACAGAACUACACAGGUGGGAGCCGGACAGUGACUGGUCCCAAGGAGACGGCUUCCAUCUUUGCCACCUACCCUGUCCCCUAUCUGUCUCUGAGCAAUGGCUUCCUGGAUCACGUUCUGGGCACCUGGAUGCUGAUGGUGGGGAAGGCCAUCCUGGACACAUGGAACAAGGGAGCGCCUGCAGGUCUGGAGCCUGUGGUAGUGGGGUUACUGAUCCUGGCCAUCACGCUAUCCAUGGGUGCCAACUGUGAGCUCCCAAAACCUGCCCAGGACCUCAGCCCACGGCUUUUCGCCUACAUAGCUGGCUGGGGCCCUGAAGUCUUCAGUGCUGGCAAUGGUUGGUGGUGGGUUCCUGUGGUGGGCCCUCUAGUGGGGGGCAUGCUUGGCACAGCCACAUCCCAGCUGACAUCCCAGGUGGCACAGCACCAUCCUGAGGACUCAGAGCCAUCUCAGGAUCUAGAGUGUGCCCAACAGGAAGCCUCAGGCUCGGGAAGUCCGGCCGCAACUCAGCUGCAGGAGAGUAAGCUGCGACUCUGA